AUGAUCGUCAACUGGGAAAACAGACUUACCAUCAAGACUAUUGUUAAGACCCCAGAAACCAAGAGACACCUCGUUACCCUCAUGAGCCGUCCAGUCACCUACGUCUCUGUCUGGGACAAGGAACCCCGCCAAUACCCAGAAGGAACUGAGAAGACCGUUUACCUUCUUGAUUCCCGCUUCCCAAUGGAAACCAUCGACCGUGUCUUCUUUGAAGAGA